AUGCUGUCAUUUAGAGUCGUCCGACACGCCUAUGUAAGAUACAAUCAUUCUAAUUCGCUUGGCAUAAGUUUUUCCUCUUCUUCAUUAUUUUUGGUCAAGGCGCAUCGGAGCAUCAACGAUCAUCAUGGUUCAUGUCGCAAUUCUCCCAUUCGACGAAAUUUUUCAGCAUCCAGCAUAUUCCGAAAAAAUCCUUCCCUAGAAUCAGAAGCCGCGUCUCAGGAAGAUAUCGAAAAAGUGGUAAGAGACGCAAAGCAGCGAUUUCGAGACACACUGCCCAAAGACUACCUCAACGAGAAGGAGUACGAACUUUAUGAACGACUAUAUGGCCCUCCUCUGCGAGAAACCAGACCAGAAGAUGUGGGAAUCGAUACCCAUGCGGAUAUGGGACCCGAUGCUCCUCGGCCAAAUAACGAGGGCACCCUUUUGCGAGAGCUUGAGGGUGGUGAGUUUGAAGAAUUGACUUACGAAAUCGACCCGCGAUUACGGAACGCAAGCGAAUCGGAAGGUGUCAAUGAAGCAUUCACGGAAAGCAGCGAGUACGAUAUAGUUGAAAAGGUUCCUGGGUAUGUGGAUAUUGUCGCCCGAAGCCAGAGAGAACACGAUGCGCUUCAGAGAUUGGCGCAGGACUUUGCGGCCGCGGAAAAGCAGAGGGUGCGGGAGGAAGACGAGGCAAUGAAACUGGAGGAAGAGUAUGUAGAAGAGGAUGAGGAGCUCUCCUGGCUACCGGACCAAGAACAAGAUCUCGGCGAUCGAACACUGGGAGAAACACAUCGAUUCCACCGGUACACAUUGGAUGGCAGAUUUCACGGCAGCCCUGUGGAGAUAUCGCUUCCGCGAGACGAAUUUAUUACGCCUAUUCGGGAACUUCUUGAACGAACACAUUUGAAGCAUGUCAAGCAAGCCGCAGAGUCUGCCUUUGGUGGACCAGGUCUCCCAACAUCGCCGUCCACGCCGGAAGGACGCCGAAACGGGCUGAUGGGAGGUGUUGGCCUCCCGCCUGAUCAACGUCAAAUGUCUGAAAUCGAAGCAGAUGCAUUUCUCGCAGGCUAUCUACCGCCAGCAUACGCUUCAACCAUGUCGAUUUUACGAGAAGUGCGGAAACGAGUGGGCAGCGAAUGGAUUCAGUCUCGCCUCAAGCAGGGCAAAGAUGGCGGUUUGAGCGUUCUUGAUGCCGGGGCUGGUGGUGCUGGCUUGGUGGCUUGGGAACAAAUUGCCAACGCUGAGUGGAAUCUAUUAGAGGAGAAGGGCGAGGUCAGUGGCCCGCAGCCGACGGGCAAAAAGACUGUUAUUGCAGCGUCAGAUCGCCUCAGACACCGUCUCAAGACCUUUUUGCACAAUACGACCUUUUUGCCUCGUUUGCCCGACUAUGAGCAUUCAGGCGAGAUGCAAGGGGAGCAUCUUGAUUCCGGAACCAAACCACAGGCUCGGAAGAGCUUCGACAUCAUCAUUGCUUCGCAUUUGUUCCUCAAGGAAAAGCAAGAUCACUACAGACAGGCUAUUCUCAACAACCUUUGGAGCUUACUAGACAAGGAUGGAGGUGUUCUCAUCGUGAUUGAGAAAGCACACCCAAGAGGGUUUGAGGCGGUGGCUCACGUUCGAGAUACGGUGCUUAACCAGUUUCUCCUACCACAGUCUGGGGAGACGAGAGUCAGCCCUGAAGAGUUCAACCCAGCAUAUCAUCGGGAACUUGAACAGGGUCACAUCAUCGCUCCGUGCAGCAAUCACGGCACAUGUCCAAUGUACAAAGAGCCCGGUAAAAGCAAGGGCCGAAAGGAUUAUUGUCAUUUCAACCAACGAUUCGUCGAACCUUCAUUCUACAGCCAGAUGUUGGGGAAGCAGGCAAACAACCAAGGCGAAGUGGAAUUCAGCUACGUCGCUAUUCGGAGAGGCGUUCCCAAGAGCAGCGAUCUCACCGGCCCGCAGGCCACAGAUCUGGCAUUCCAAGGCUACGAAAGGUCAGAAGAAGCCCCCGACAUGCAAACACUACCGCGCCUUGUGCUUCCACCCCUGAAACGCAAAGGCCAUGUAACACUGGAUCUCUGCACGCCAGAUGGCAAGAUUGAACGGUGGACCGUGCCCAAGAGCUUCAGCAAGCUUGCAUAUCACGAUGCUAGAAAGUCACGCUGGGGAGACUUAUGGUCACUGGGUGCGAAGACAAGAGUGCAGCGUAAUGUUAGAGCUGGCUUUGGGAAGGACGAUGGUGGGAAACGCGCGGCCGCUGCUGCUGGCAAGAAGCCUCGCAAAGUUGAUAUUUCAAUGGACGGUGGACGGCUUUCGGCGAACGAGAAGAACGCGAUCAAGGAUAGGAGGCCGAAGAGUAAGGCGGCGAAAGAGCGCGACUUGAUGAAGGAGCUGUUUGACGCGGAGGCGAAGGUGGAGGCUGCUCUGGACAAGGAGCUUGAUGAGGAAGCUGAAGCAGAGCUUGAAGAGGUGGAAAGACAGGAACGGCGGCGUUGA